ACUAGCAAGAGGUCCAAGCGGCCAUCACGUUUCGUUCUCUCAGACAUGCUCGUGUGGCGUCUGAGUAGGGGAGCUGCUGCAGUCGCGCGUAUGGCGUCCUCUUCCUCCCCCCUCUCCUCCCUGCCGCGGCUAUUUAUCCCGCCUCACCGAGCGCACCACGAGGCAGCCAUGGCCGCUUCGGCCGGCGCCUCCCAGGCGCUGCGGAACGGCGGCGGGAUGCAGAUGCAGGAUUUUGUGAUGCAGAGGUGGGCUGAGAUGGUGUUGUGUUGCGGCGCGGAUUGGGGCUGCGUGCCGCAGCUGUGGAACAGGGUGGUGAUGCGCAAGUGGCUCAACAUCGGCGCGGGGUCUGGGGACACCGACUUCAGUGCCGACGAGCACGACACCUCGGAGGGCGAGACCGACCGCGAAGACAUGUCUGGUUGGAAACAUGCGCUAUGUAACGAAGAGAGGAUAUUAGGUGGAUUGGGUGCAAGCACGACUGGUGAUGAAAUGAAUGAUGUACCUUACAGGCUUAGAAGGCACAGAUCAGAGAUCGUUCGUUCUCAGUAUGUUGAUGUUAGAGAACUCAGGAUUUGCGUAGGGACAUGGAAUGUUGGAGGCAGAUUUCCACCCAGUGACUUAGACAUUGAAGAAUGGUUGGCUAUGGAGGAGCCAGCUGACAUUUAUGUUAUUGGAUUUCAAGAGAUCGUUCCACUCAAUGCUGGGAACAUAUUUGGUGCUGAAGACAGUCGUCCAGUUGCAGUAUGGGAGCACAUCAUCCGUGAAACUUUGAAUACAAAAUGUUCAGAUAAAUCAGGGUUUAAGUGCCACAGUGAUCCUCCUUCACUAUCCAGGUUUAAUCCAUCAGAUGUUGCUCUUUCCAUGGAACAUGAAUUGCUUAGUGAGUCUGACAAGGAUAGCGAUGGGGAACUUCAUCCAUUGAUUGACCAAGACCAUAAUUGUGGACUUCAAGAUAAAACAUAUGAGAAUCUUGAAGCUUUUCCAGAAGACGAUUUAGCCUGUGAUGUCAUCAUUGAUAAGAUAGCGAAAAGGAAAAGGCCAGAGUUUGUACGCAUAAUAAGCAAGCAAAUGGUGGGAAUAUUUCUUUCGAUUUGGGUUCGGAGAAGCCUGCGGAAGCACAUUCAGAAUUUGAGAGUAUCAACCGUUGGUGUAGGUGCGAUGGGUUAUAUUGGUAACAAGGGAUCAGUAUCAGUCAGCAUGUCUAUACAUCAGACUCCUUUCUGCUUUGUCUGUUGCCACCUGGCUGCUGGUGAAAAAGAUGGAUAUGACCUAAAAAGGAAUUCAAAUGUCGAAGAAAUACUUCGAAGAACAGUGUUUAACCCAGUCAAUGCUGUAGGCAUGCCUAUGAGAAUACACGACCAUGAAAGGAUCAUAUGGUUAGGAGACCUCAACUAUCGGAUCAACUUAUCCUAUGAAAGGACACACGAACUAAUCUCCAAACAAGACUGGGAUAGAUUGUUUGAGAGGGAUCAGCUGAAAAGAGAAUUGAGGAAAGGAUGCACAUUUGACGGUUGGUUUGAAGGAGUUAUCAGCUUUCCCCCAACAUAUAAAUACGAGUUUGACUCAGAAUACUAUGUAAGUGAUGAGAGUAAAUCUGGGAGAAGAACUCCUGCAUGGUGUGACCGCAUUCUCUCAUACGGGAAGGGAAUCAGGUUACUUUCGUACAAGAGGGGGGAGCUUACACUUUCUGAUCACCGCCCUGUGGCUGCAGUCUACAUUGCAGAGGUUGAAGUUUCCCGCCGUAGAAAGCUGCAGAGGGCUCUAACAUUCACUGGUGCAGAGGUUGAGGACCAUCUAUCAUCAAAGAAGGAUGGGCUUGCUGAACAAAGAGGUUGUUGAACCACGAGACAUGCAAUUUCUAGCACAAGUUCCAAGUGAGCGCAAUUGCCAAUGACAGUAUUUAGAACUCGUCAGAAAAUGUUCAGUUGCAUUAGAUAAUCUACCAUAAGCAGCCUAUUUAUCAUGAAUUAUUUUUGCUGCACGCUUGUUUGAUCAAGAGCAUCUCAAGCAUCGUGCUUUGGUGAAAGCAUCACAAGCAUUAUGCUCCAUGACACUAGUACAUAAAAUUUAAUGGAGGCAGUCGUUUUCGAUUAA